AUGGGAAGUGCUAUCGUUAUGACUACUAGAAGUGAUAAAGUUGCAGAAAUUAUGGAGACAAAAUACCGACAUCAUUUGAGGCAGUUACUAGAUGAUCAUUGUUGGUUUUUAUUUGAAAAAUGUGCAUUUGAAAGUAAAUUACCAGUAAUUUCUGAUGUCAUUCGAGCACAACUUGUUCAAAAAUUUGGUGGCAUACCAUUGAUUGUGAAAGUGUUGGGAGGAAUGGUGAAAUCAUGCAAGAAUGAUGAGGAAUUGCAAUCUGACUUUGGAAAAUCCAACUUUGAAGCUUGGAAGGAGUAUAAAACUUCCAACAAAGUUGAGAAAGUUGAUCAACCUAAGGCAUUUCGAAUUGGGUCAGAUGAAGGAUAUAAGAUUGAGGAGAUUGGACGUUUAAAAAACCUUAAAGGUCAAUUAAGCCUUCUACAACUCGAGCAAGUCAAAAGUAAAAAGGAGGCCAUGACUGCAAAUUUGGUAGAGAAGGAAAGCAUUUCUGUGCUAAAUUUUGAAUGGAGUCUUGACAGAGAAGACUGUGGUGAUAAUGAUUUGAAUGUGUUGGAAGGGCUUCAACCACACAUAAACCUUCAAGGAUUGCGUAUUCUUAACUUUGCAAGUGAACUUAUGCCCAGUGGUAUUUUUGUUGAAAACUUAAUUAAGCUUGAGCUACACUCUUGCAAAAGAGGCGAAUUUCGUGAUGAUAUUUCCCCUCCAAAUUUGCAAAAUCUGCCCUACUUGUCUUCAUUACACAUUGGAAACUUUCAUAAUUUUCCAGAGGGGCUCGAUGGUAUUCAUAACUUGAAAAGAUUAAUAGUUGAAGGGCCAAUGGAGGGUCGUGAUUGGAGUCGAUUCAUACCCUUCAAUUCACUUGAAGUUCUUGAGUUGCAUGAAACAGGAACUAAUAGUUUAACACAACUUCCUCGACAACUUGAGCUCCUCACCUCGUUAAGAUCGUUGCAUAUUCAGAGUUUUAAUGGCAUUGAAUUUUUGCCAGAAUGGUUGGGAAACAUUACAUCUUUGGAGACAUUGGAGUUAUCGGAGUGCAGAAAUUUGAAAAACUUGCCCUCGAAAGAAGCUAUGUCAAAUCUAACUAGAUUGAAUCGUUUGGAUGUGUAUAAAUGUUCCCAGCUUGAAGUUGGUGAAGGUAGUGUUGAACGGGAAAAAGUUUCGCAUGUACCCAACGUUCGUGUAUUCUAG